GAAUCUGAUGCUCACUCCCUUCCUGCCAAGUGUCUUCAAGAACACCGUAUAAGUAGCCCUUCACCUUCAAGUCUUUGUCCACUUGUCGUUACAUCCUCUAAACAGUUUUCUCAGUCUCAUUGAGUGGUUUCAACUUCACCUUUCUUUCAGUUUCAGUUUACUCGGUUUCUUUGAUUUUUGCUGCCACUUAGAAAACAGGAAGAGCAGGAUCAGCAAAUAUGGGUCGUUUUUGGACUUUUCUCACUCAUGUUCACACGCUAUCUGGGCCAGUCAUGAUGUUGCUCUACCCCUUGUAUGCAUCAGUAAUUGCUAUAGAGAGUGCAUCAAGGGAGGAUGAUGAGCAGUGGCUUGCUUAUUGGAUCUUAUAUUCAUUUCUAACUCUUACAGAGAUGCUGCUCCAAUCCAUUUUAGAGUGGAUUCCUAUAUGGUACUCUUUGAAAUUGGUGGUGGCUGCAUGGUUGGUUCUACCACAGUUCAAAGGUGCAGCUUUCAUUUAUGAAAGGUUUGUGAGAGAGCAUAUCAGGAAAUAUAUAGGGGAAAAAGAUCAUCCCCAUCACAAGUCUACCACUGCCAGUGGUAGUGGCGGCGGCGGCAAAGGCAAGAACAAGUUCGUUCACUUCAUAUCCCCCAAUAAAGGAGAACAUGAGAUUUCCUGAAGAGGGAAGAAAGGUUAGCUAGAAGAGAAGACAAGUAAAGACAUGGUCGGCAGCUUGCUUUUGUGGAUCUUCUUCUCUUCUUCUCUUCACCUCUUUGCUUUUCCCCUUUACACUUUGUUGGAAUGUUGUGACUUUCCUUUCAUAUGCUUAGGUUAAUGAGCUAUGUUGAAAAUCUAUGAUGGAAGAUUUGAACGUCUGUCCCCUUGACGAUGAUGCUCUGACUGAUUUUUCUUCAAUCUUACGUGUAUAUCAUCUUAAUUA